AUGGGACUCCGAGACAAGUUCAGGAAGAAGCACGAGGAGGACGAGGCCAGCGCCAACCCCACGGACGCUACCAAUCCCGCGAGCCCCGAAUUUACCUUCAUCCGCACCGACACUCACAACGCCGAAAUCAUCUACCCCCCGAGUGCCGGGCCCCAACGAGAACCGGGCCAGUUCCUAUCCGCCGAACCCAAGUCCGAUCCCUCCAAGCAGCGCCGUAGCCUCGAUGUCUUCCGCGGCAGCCGCAGUCGGAGCGGCUCCACGGCGAGCAGCCAAGGCUCUCGACGCUUGUCACAACGACUGCACCUGAGUCGCAGCCCGUCCAGCUCCGAGAACGUGCCGCAGGACCUACCCGAGAUUGUCAUGCCCGAGGGCGGUGUUGACGACAAGGACGGCACCGAGUCGCAAUGGGAGAAGCGCGCCACUAUUCUGGCCCGCGAGAACGAGAAGCACCGCAGCCGCCCCGGAACGCCCGUACAUGGCUCUGCUCCACCCGUCAUUCCACAACUGCGCUUGGGUGAUGGGCCGAGCGGCGACUCCUCCGGCUCGCAGAGCAAGGCAGUUUCGUCCAAGGAGCUCGACGAGGAUAUUCAAGAGGCCAUCAGGCUGCAUGAGGCUGGGGAGCUCGAGCAGUCCACGGCGCUGUUUGGGCGGUUGGCGGAUCCUAAGGGGGCUAACAACCCCCUGAGCCAGGUCCUGUACGGUCUUGCGCUGAGGCACGGAUGGGGCUGCAGUCAGGACUCGGCCAAAGCUGUGACCUUCCUCUCCGCGGCGGCGUCCAAUGCCGCCGACGUCGAACAACUCGCUCUCCAGGCGGGAUUGAAGAAGGGCGGCGCCGCCAAGGGGGAACUCGUUUUGGCCAUCUUCGAAUUGGCCAAUUGUUUCCGCCACGGGUGGGGGAUUCCCAAGGAUCCAAUUGCUGCGAAGCAGGUGGGUUUUCUUUUGCUGGUGAAGGAGGGAUGGAUAUGCACCGUCAAGGGGGUUGCGGAGUUCAUCACUGACCAAGACUGGCAGUACUACGAGACGGCGGCGAACUUGGGAGACACUGAUGCUAUGAACGAGGUAGCAUGGUGUUAUUUCGAAGGGUUUGGUACCAAGAAAGACAAGGUCAGUCUGCCCUCAUCACCCACUCAACCAUCACGCUCGAAAAAGACCCGGCGAGAGCCUCCCCGGUCUCCACCAGCGGAACACCACCCGUUGUCGUUGAGUGCUCGUUCCCGGACCAGCCGUUCGGCGCUGCUAUAUCCGGAACGUUGGGCACCAACCGGGCUCUUUCCUCGCAACGAAUCACAGCUCUGA